UGAGGGUGACCCAUCAUCAGGAUCUAUGUUUUCUCCAUCAAAAAAGACCGCAUCCCUGCCUCAGUGGCCCGCAUACCCCCGCUGAGUCCCUGAAGCACGAGUAUGCAAUCAUCGCGCUCCCCUUGCUGGAAGCCUAACACAUGCGUGCACGAUGUAUUUCAACAGACGGUCGAAGAUCCACAGCGAGGGAGAGCAGUUAGUGUUGACCCCUCUUAGCCAGGACUCCCCCGUCCAGCAGGACCAGCCCAUGGGCUCCAACAUGCGCUCCCGUCUGGCAGACAGGUUUGAGAAAACCUCGCCUCUCUCCCAUCACUCAAACGGUGCAGGACCCGCGUGCUCGGCCGCCGGCUACCGCAAGGCAGAGGAUGAGAUGUCCGGAACCACAUCCCAGGCGGACCCGAUAGAUGCCACAGCGCGGACUGUGCACCUCAACCGGCCCCAGACCACCAAAUAUUGUGACAACCAUGUCAGCACAGCUAAAUACGGAAUCCUUACCUUCCUGCCGCGCUUCCUGUAUGAACAGAUCAGACGAGCAGCUAAUGCUUUCUUCCUCUUCAUCGCUCUCAUGCAGCAAAUCCCUGAUGUCUCACCAACGGGUCGCUACACAACGCUGGUGCCACUUAUCUUUAUUCUGACAGUAGCUGGGAUCAAAGAGAUCAUUGAGGAUUAUAAAAGACACAAAGCAGACAAUACAGUGAACAAGAAGAAGACAACAGUUCUGCGUAACGGAGCAUGGCAGACCAUAAUAUGGAAGCAGGUGGCAGUGGGAGACAUAGUCAAGGUGACCAAUGGGCAGCAUCUCCCAGCUGACAUGGUCAUAGUGUCCUCCAGUGAACCUCAGGCCAUGUGUUAUACUGAAACAUCCAACUUAGAUGGAGAGACCAACCUGAAGAUCCGACAGGGUCUCUCUCUCACAGCUAGUGUUCAGUCUCUGGAGGAACUGAUGGCUUUAUCUGGUCGACUAGAAUGUGAGGGGCCAAACAGACAUCUGUAUGACUUCACUGGAACACUGCGCCUUGAUAACCACAACCCAGCUCCACUUGGGCCAGACCAGGUGCUGUUACGAGGUGCCCAGCUCAGGAACACUCAGUGGGUUGUGGGAAUUGUAGUCUACACUGGACAUGAUUCCAAACUCAUGCAAAAUUCCACUAAAGCUCCACUGAAACGCUCCAAUGUGGAAUGUGUGACAAACAUGCAGAUUCUUGUUCUGUUCUGCAUUCUUUUGGUCAUGGCUCUGGUCAGCUCCAUUGGUGCCGCCAUAUGGAAUGAACAGCACACGGAUGAGGCUUGCUGGUACCUUUCUCGUGCAGGUGACAUCUCCCUGAACUUCUGGUACAAUCUGCUGACCUUCAUCAUCCUCUAUAAUAACCUGAUCCCCAUAAGCCUAUUGGUCACACUGGAAGUGGUUAAAUUUACACAGGCUCUCUUUAUCAACUGGGAUGUUGAGAUGUAUUACUCUGAGACAGACACUCCUGCCAUGGCACGAACAUCCAAUCUGAAUGAAGAACUUGGCCAAGUGAAAUAUCUAUUUUCAGACAAGACCGGCACUCUCACUUGCAACAUCAUGCAUUUUAAAAAGUGCACAAUAGCUGGAGUUACAUAUGGGCACUUCCCAGACUUGGACUGUGAUCGAUCCAUGGAGGACUUUAGUCACCUUCCCUCUUCAAGUCAUAAUUCAACAGAGUUUGAUGAUCCAGCUCUUAUUCAGAACAUUGAGAGGAACCAUCCCACUUCCCCUCAGAUAUGUGAGUUUUUAACCAUGAUGGCUGUUUGCCAUACUGUUGUUCCAGAGCGAGAAGAAAACCAAAUUAUCUUCCAGGCCUCUUCACCAGAUGAAGGAGCGCUGGUUAAAGGUGCCAAAAGUUUGGGUUUUGUUUUUACUGCAAGAACACCCCAUUCAGUCAUCAUAGAGGCGAGAGGAAAAGAACAGUCUUAUGAGCUGCUAAAUGUUCUAGAAUUUUCCAGCAACCGCAAACGGAUGUCAGUAAUUGUCAGAACACCUACAGGCAAACUGCGACUGUACUGCAAGGGAGCGGAUAAUGUGAUAUUUGAGCGUCUGCAUGAGGCGUCACAGCAUAAAGACCUGACUGUGAUCCACUUGGAGCAGUUUGCAACAGAAGGGCUGCGGACGCUCUGUUUUGCAUAUGUGGAUCUAGAGGAGGGGGCGUAUCAGGAAUGGCUGAGGGAGUACAGUCGGGUUAGCACAGUGCUGAAGGACAGAGCUCAGAAACUGGAGGAAUGCUACGAACUCAUAGAGAAGAACCUGCUUUUGUUGGGUGCAACUGCAAUAGAAGAUCGCCUGCAAGCAGGAGUCCCAGAAACCAUUGCAACACUCAUGAAAGCCGACAUCAAGAUCUGGGUUCUAACUGGAGACAAGCAGGAGACGGCCAUCAACAUUGGUUACUCCUGUAGGCUGGUGUCACAUGGCAUGUCCCUCAUCAUUGUCAAUGAAGAUUCCCUGGAUGCAACCAGGGCCACUCUAACAGCUCACUGUUCCUCGCUGGGUGACAGUUUGAGGAAAGAGAAUGAGUUAGCACUUAUCAUAGAUGGACAGACGCUCAAAUACGCCCUCUCUUUUGAAGUGCGGCAAGCCUUCCUUGACCUCGCCCUGUCCUGUAAGGCCGUCAUCUGUUGCAGGGUAUCUCCACUGCAAAAGUCGGAGAUCGUGGACAUGGUGAAGAAGCAUGUGAAGGCCAUCACACUGGCCAUCGGAGAUGGAGCCAACGAUGUGGGUAUGAUACAGACGGCACACGUGGGAGUGGGCAUCAGUGGGAAUGAGGGCAUGCAGGCCACCAACUCAUCUGACUACUCUAUAGCUCAGUUUUCCUACUUGGAGAAGCUGUUAUUAGUUCAUGGGGCUUGGAGUUACAACCGGGUUACCAAAUGUAUCCUGUACUGUUUUUAUAAGAAUGUGGUUCUGUACAUCAUAGAGCUUUGGUUUGCAUUUGUAAACGGUUUCUCUGGACAGAUCCUGUUUGAACGGUGGUGCAUUGGCCUGUACAAUGUGAUCUUUACAGCACUCCCUCCUUUCACGUUGGGAAUAUUUGACCGGCCUUGCAGUCAACAGAACAUGCUACGAUUCCCUCAGCUCUACCGCAUUACACAGAAUGCAGAAGGUUUUAACACCAAGGUCUUUUGGGGUCACUGUAUAAAUGCUCUCAUUCACUCCAUUAUUCUCUUUUGGUUUCCACUCAAAGUACUGGAGCACGACACUCCCUUUGACAACGGCAACAGUGUCGACUACCUGUUUGUGGGGAACAUCGUCUACACGUAUGUAGUGGUAACUGUAUGUCUGAAAGCUGGUAUGGAGACCACAGCAUGGACAAGAUUUUCUCAUCUGGCUGUAUGGGGCAGCAUGGUGCUCUGGAUGCUGUUUUUCGCUGUUUAUUCUGCUAUCUGGCCAACCAUUCCAAUAGCGCCAGAUAUGUUGGGCCAGGCUGGCAGGGUGAUGCAAUGCUGGAGCUUCUGGCUGGGCCUUAUACUGGUGCCAACAGCAUGUUUACUCAAAGAUGUGGUGUGGAACGCAGGACGACGCACAGUGAGGAAGACUCUGCUAGAGGAAGUGCAGGAAUUAGAGGCUCGGGCUGUGGACCCUGGGGCAGCCGUCCUCAGAGAUGCCAGCGGCCGCAGUCUGAACGAGCGUGCCCACCUGCUGACACGAGUCUUCUGGAAAACGCCCUCCAGCGUGGGACGCUCAAACUCUGUGCAGCAGACCGUGUCACAUGGAUAUGCGUUCUCACAGGAGGAGCAUGGUGUGGUGUCUCAGUCCCAGGUUGUACGCUCUUACGACACCACCCGUCAACGGCCCAGCCUGUAGCUGGGCAACGUUCUGCUGAGGGUCACCACAGCAGCAGCUGGUAGAGACUUUAAUGGACACACCUGUGCUGGGUGAUCCCGCUGUGCCAUUUUUGGAACUUUAAGUUGAACUAAAUUGAACUGGGCACAGCUAGCGGACCACUGGACCCAGCUACAUUUCACAUGGCCUCCCAUAAUGAGGUCAGACUUUUUGGAAGGGGUAGGUGUAUGGAAACGGAGGUGAGGGGUGGGCGGGGAUAUUGUCACUCUGAAAUGGCCAGUCAAAAUGAACGGACAGGCAAAAGGAGCCAAGAAGCAUCCAGAAGUGGAAAGUCAGGAGUCACAAGACUGCUUCAUAAUGGAAUCUCUCUUUUGUCCGCAUUUGGUUAUAGUAUAUCGCGUGGGUGCAUGGAUUCAUCUGCACGUUUGUUUAUGUGAGCAUAUAUAUGCACUGAGAAGGAUCUCAAUUUUAUUGUGUGUAUGGCUUGUCUGUUGCACUUGCUCUUAUCUGUUUCUGUGACUUGAAUGGUUAAUGGAGAGACCUCUUUGUUCUACUGUAUGUGUGGUUGUAGGUGGGAGGCAGCUGUUAUGCAUUUGUGUGUAUCUGCAUGUGUUUGUUGGAGGGUGGUUAUGUGUGUGUGAGUGUUUUUGUUGAGUCCUAACAUCUAUGUCUCCAGAGAUCAGAGUUUGGCAUAUCCAUCAUCACCACUGCGAUGCAGAGUAGGGAAGGCCACUCUAAAUAAACACAAAACACCCACACACAGCGACACACCCACACAUGUAUACACACUUCGGAGGAAUGCAGUGCAUUGCUUUAGACCAGAGAUGCCCAAACCAGGGCCCGCAGGCCAAAGUUGGCCUGUGAUGACCUUUGAUUUGGUCCGCCGUGUGGUAAAUGACAAGAGGGGGGAAAAUGAAAAGAAGAAAAAAAUGCUGUUGAUGCAGCUUUUCAUUGCAUUAAUUUUGCGGAUUUCAGAGUAAUGUUUUUUUAUAUAAUGAAAUCAUAAAGGAGGAGAACCAGGGCAUCUUUCAUAUUUUAAUAUAACACAGUAUGCACGGCUUAAAAUUCGGCGUGGGUAUUGCGCACAAUUUUAAUAAUUCCCGCAAGUUCCACAUUCAUAAACUUUACAGUGCAGCUGUGAAUUAGUAAAACAAUAGAUAUAGAUGAACAAAUCAAAUAAAUAAACUUGUUUUUGUAUCAAACUUUAAUUCCAGUAGCUGCGUGAGUAAAUCUGCUCUCUCUCUCUCUCACGUGCAGCUUGUUGAAUUUUGUGUAAGCGUGCACAGUGGGGAAGUGUUUUGUCGCGUAGUUACUGAGCUUAAGAUGUUACAGAUUUAUAAACCUUUAUAAACCUGUUAAUUCGACAUGCAAAUGGCGUUAUACCACCUCUCUGUAAGUGAGCAACGCGAUAAAACUACAUUCCUGUAUAUAAUUAACAAAUUGCAAGCACGUGACGUUGCUGUGGAGCGAUAUAGUUCAGCCACUUUUUAUAUCUUGGCACUCCCUUGUUAGUCAUUAAGUAGCACAUUUGCAAGAAAGGCAGAAAUAGUAAAAAUGCUUUGUGUAAUGUGCCAGCUGCAUGGUGAAGAGAGAUGCUAAAACACCUGUUACAUUUCUCAUAUCCAACUCUUGUUCCAUCCAGGGUCGGAAGUUAAUGGUGGCUCUGGGCAAAAACAAUUCCCCUGCAAUCUGAUAUGGUUUUAAAUACGUACUGUACAUCGCGAACUUCAUUUUAAUUGUUGCUGAACUUUAUUUGUUUCAUGCCGUCUGUUGUGCAGAUGUUGCAGAGUCAGUGGCGGAGGCUCGCACUAUAAAUGCACACAGACGGGCACUUGGCUUCUCACGCUUUGCAUUGGUUCAGUGUCGUGCACCUGUGCUAAAAUGACCAAAUGCUACAAUGUAGUUAAUAAUAAUAUUAACAAAAAUAAUAUCUGAAUGUGUUAAAUAGCCUUGAUGUUAAAAUAAAGCGUUAUUAAUGAUACAAUAAUAAUUUUACAGAACAGUAACUGCUUUUAGUGUAUGAAUCAUAUCUCUGACUAAUGUUCAUUGUUAAAUGUUUAUUUUUGCAUUGUUUGAUUCAAUUGGCAUGAAGUUUUAUAUAUAUAUAUAUAUAUAUAUAUAUAUAUACACACUGCGUGCACAAUUAUUAGGCAAAUUUUAUUCCUCAGGAUUAAUGUUAUUGUUGAACAAACACAAUGCUCUGUCAAUCCAAAAUGUAACCUCAAACCUGAAUGUUUAACAAAGGAAAAGUGAGUUUUGUCUUUCUCAAGGGAAUAUAAGUGUGCACAAUUAUUAGGCAACUAAAUUAAAAAAGAAAUUCUCCCAA